UCAACAAUCCCCUCUAGCUCUUCCUCCACAUCACCAUGGACGACGAGGAAGACUUCCACUCGCUCAACAAGGGCGUCUUCGUGAUUCCAUUCAAGGGCGCCGGCGACGCAGGCCCAAGCCGCCCUCUCGAUGCAGUGUACCACAACGUUAACGCGGCCUACGCCCGGGCGCACAAAGACUACGAAGAAGACCGCGCCGAGGAGCAGCUCGACGUCAUCCGCGAGUGGCUAGAGCGGUGUGAUGCCCCUUCGGUGCUCAGCCCGACGUUCAAGAUCCGGCGCGUGCCCGUCGCGCUGAUGCAAGGCGUCUCGCCCGAGAUCCCGCGCCAGCUCCCGGAUCUCACGCGCGCAACGUCGCUCAGCGGGCGCGAUCUCGCAGACGUCGGGACCGCGACGCGUGCCCUCGCGGUUGGAUUCCUCGGCGAGGCGGCGCUGGACGCGAAGAAGGCGGGCCGCACGCCGCUCGACGAGGUCGAAAGGUGGUGGGGGAAGCUGCGCGAACGCCCAGCUCUGCUGGUUCAUGUCGAGCAGGCACAACUUGUCCCGACCACCGUGCUGGCUGAGCUCGUGUACAUCGUCGGGUUGCAUAGCAUACCUAUCCGCCUUCUCUUUGGCGUGCCGAGCGUCUCCACAUUCUUGGCGGGGUGGACGCCCCUCGACCCCAGCGAGAUUGAUAUCUCCGUUUUGAGGAGCACGAGGCGGCCCCGUGGGGCUGUCGGUGCUGUUUUGCAGACUGCACGCGAUCGCUCAGCUGCCCCCAUCACUAUCUCCGAGGAGCUGGCAGUCGAGCUGCGCGCCGAGGAUGACCGGCUUGGCGGUGGCGCGGCGGCGACCCUCAAGUCACUCCGGUGGCUUGUGCUGCGCCACAGCCGAAACUCUGUGCUGGCGGCGCUGUCAGAUGCAAGCGAGGAGAAUCAACCGGCGGCUUUGCAAACACUGCGAGAAGCACUGGCGUCGGAGGAGGCCGACGAGCUCCUCACAUUGGGCGUCUCGCCAGAUCUCUCCUAUACACAGAACCCUGCUCCACGGCUAGCUCUCCUACAAGCUCUCAGCAACCAGGACGCCUUCCUCCCGCCAUCAGAGGACCACGACGCGCUCAAAGAGACGGCAAUGCUGCACUCGCUCUGGGAAUCUGCUGGCAAGACCGUGAACCUGUGGGACUGGCUCGAAGGGUUCCGCAUGAUGAUUCUCUCGCAGAAGCGAGCGGAGGAAAUGCCGGAUCCCACAACGCCCAGCAAGAGGGCGAAGAGGAGGCGAGAAGAGGAAGAUGAGGAGGAAAAGCUGGAACUGAACGAAGAUGAAGACGCGCGCGCACACGCCCGCUUCAUCCGCUUCGUGGAGGAGGCGCGGUUGAUGGGUCUGGUGCGGACACGAGGGAAGAAGGGAGACGACGUGGUGAAAGGGGCACUUUUGUAGCAACAUUGCGAUUUAUGCAUCGACAUCACGACGCG